CAUAUCGCAACUAUAACCUGGACUCCAAGACCGUCAGCCCUUGAUUGUCCAAGUCGCAACCGAGGAUUGUCGCACAAACACUGCCUAUCGUUGAAAGCCACAACUGGGUGGCGGCGAAGCGGUUCAAUUGAGGCAAUUGCACAAAUUACCGCUCUACUGACCACGAAUCUUUUUCUGACCAUUAAGUGUCUGCCCGUUCGCCUUUAAGGAUCUUCCUCUCGUCUCUUUUCAUUCUUGCAGCCAGACUUCAAGGUGCACCAUACUCCGUAUUAACUGGGCAAAAUGACCGCCGGACGUCAGACCAAUGGCAACCACCCUGCCGCCACAAAUGGCAAUGGGUAUAAUUACAGCAGCUCAGAUGUCUGGCAAGAUGCACCCAUUUUGACUGGCAGCACUAAAUUCGAGCCCUUACCCGAUGUCAAGAACAUCAUGAUCACUGGCGGAGCUGGCUUUAUCGCAUGCUGGCUUGUCCGUCAUUUGACCCUGACCUAUCCGGAUGCCUACAACAUUGUUUCUUUCGAUAAGCUGGACUACUGCGCGUCGUUGAACAAUACCCGUAUGCUCAACAACAAAAGAAAUUUCACGUUCUACCAUGGCGACAUCACAAAGCCCGAAGAGGUUCUCGACUGUAUGGAACGGUACAACAUCGAUACCAUCUUCCAUUUCGCAGCCCAGUCUCACGUGGACCUGAGUUUUGGCAACUCGUAUGGGUUCACCCAUACAAAUGUCUAUGGAACUCAUGUGAUGCUCGAGAGUGCCAAGAAAGUAGGCAUUAAGCGAUUUAUUCACAUCUCCACAGAUGAGGUUUAUGGUGAAGUGAAUGACGAUGAUGACGAUCUGUUGGAGACGAGCAUUCUGGCCCCAACAAACCCUUAUGCCGCCAGCAAAGCCGCAGCAGAAAUGCUUGUCAACUCUUAUAUGAAGAGCUUCAAGUUGCCUGUCAUCAUUGUCAGAAGUAACAACGUAUAUGGGCCUCAUCAGUUCCCAGAGAAAAUUAUCCCCAAGUUCACUGCUCUGUUGAAUCGUGGACAGCCUGUGGUACUUCAUGGCGAUGGAAGUCCUACGCGAAGAUAUCUCUUUGCUGGGGAUGCGGCAGAUGCCUUUGACACUAUCCUGCACAAGGGCACGCUGGGUCAUGUCUACAACGUCGGAUCAUACGAUGAGAUUUCCAACAUGGACCUGUGCUCCAAGCUCCUCAAGGAGAUGGACAUCCCCAAUGAGAGCAAGGCGGACUUUGACAAGUGGGUCAAGUAUACACACGACAGACCAUUCAAUGACCACCGGUAUGCCGUGGACGGCACCAAGCUCCGCAAGUUGGGUUGGGACCAAAAGACCCCAUUUGAGGUGGGUUUGAAAAUCACCGUCAGCUGGUAUAGGCAGUUUGGAGAGAAAUGGUGGGGCGAUAUCAGUAACGUUCUAAGCCCCUUCCCCGUGGUCAAGCGCGACGGCGAUGUCAGCACUGUUGUGCAAGACCCCGAUGCCGAGGUCACUGAGCGGCCUCAGUCAGCAAAGAAGAGGAAAGCCAAUCCUGUCAACGAAGCGAAUGGAACGAACAGAAAGCAUGCAGCUGUAGCUGUUUGAAUUUGAGCUUGGUGUUGGUGAUGUACGAUCAUGAUACUAUGUUUGUUUCUUGGGAGUUAAGGGAGUUGAUAAAAAUUCCCCC